UGGAGUCAACAUGGGCCAGCAUCCCUGUGGAACGCUUUCGACAACUUGUAGAGUCCAUGCCCCAACGAAUUGAGGGUGUUCUGAGGGUAGCAGGCUGAGGAUGGGGGGGUGCAACUCAAUAUUAGGAAGGUGUUCUUAAUGUUUUGUACACUCAGUGUACAUCUAUACUAUGACCAUUUGUCUCCCUUUCUCUCUCUCUCUUAUUUAGCGGCUGUUCCAGUGGAGGAGGAUGUAGCGUUGUUGCAGGAAGUUUGCCAACCCCACUCCAGACCCUGGCAGGUCUACCUGUGGAAUACUAAGGGGGCCUGGUAUGGGAAGGAAAGGUGCAGUGGUGCCCUCAUCAACGAGUGGUGGGUGCUUACCGCCUGGAACUGCUUUGUCGAGUGGGUGUUCCCCCUUUUUUCCUUUCUUGAAAUCAGAGUGAAAAUGCAUGCAGCCCAUAAGUUCCUCUCCUCUCUACUCCACUCUACUCUACUCCUCUCCUCUCCUCCUCAAACCUGGCCACACUAUGGUGUCUCUGGUGGAGCAUGACCUGACGGUGGAGGAAGGGACAGAGCAGCACAUCCGGGUGGCCAGAUAUGUGCAGCACGGGCCGUAUGCACGAGGCCCCUCUCACAGUCUGGCAAUGGUGAAGCUGGCAGAGCCUGCCCGGUUCACUCAGCAUGUCAUGCCUGUAGCCCUACCCACACGCUGCACUCAGCUCCAUGAGAAGUGUCUGGUCAGCGGCUGGGGCUCCACCAUACCGGGACAGGCCUGUGCCUGUACCUUGACUGGAUCAGUGACAUCAUGAACACCCCUGAUCCUACACCUGAACCUGUGUGGACCACCACAGCAGCAGCUACAACAUGGUGAUUGAAAAGAAAAACAAAAAAGUGAUAUGUACUGAAACAUUCUGUUCACUUGCCCCAUUGAUUCUAUCAUAUCCAGCAUGCGUUUAUUUAAUUCACCAGCAGAGGGCGACAUAUACUAAUAAUACUGGCCUAUCACAAACCUCAGAUACAUUUCUUGGCUAUAACAAGUCUCACAUUAACACAUAGACAUAUUUUACCAUGUAGAAAAAUACUAUAGUCUGCAGGAAGUUUCAUUUCUCAAUUACUCAGUUUACUUCUCCAGACACUUGGACUUGGACACCCCAAAGUGUCUUUCCUGAAGAGAAAUCCUCUAACCAUCCAGUCAAGUUUGUCCUGUGAUACAAAGUUAUUUUCAUCACCAGCAGAUAGCAAUGUAGACUAAUAAUACUCAAUUUGAGCACUAAUGCACCACACAAUCAAUGUAAAGAGAGAGACAGAGUGAAAAAAUGAGAUACGGAGAGUGAGAGAUAGAUAGAUAGAGAUAGA